CGUCUGAUGGCUUCAUCGUAAGAACAGAAAAGAAAUGAAAAGGGCAAACUUUCUGUUUUAGAAAAAGAAAGAAAAAACAACGAAAAGUAUUGCUAUUUGCUCAUAGGUGUUGUCAACUUUUCUUUCCCUCUGCAAGCAAAGCUCUCUUCCUUUUUACAAUACAAGAAAAAAAAAGGAAAAAUGUCCAUUUUUUUUCUCUACUAUUCUCUCUAAAAUACCCCCACUUUCUCUUUGUCUCCCUGAUCCAUCAAAUUCUUCAUCUUUUCUUUCUUGUAUUUUUACAUUUCUUCUUCUUCUUCUUCUUCAAAUUGUCCUGACUUUCCAAGAAACCCAAACCAGAAUUCACUUACUUUGAUUAAAAAAACUUGUGGGUUCUCAGAAAUUUUCACUAUCCAAACCUUAAAAACCCAUCUUUUAUUAUAAUUGUUAUUUUAUUUUCAACCCAUUUUUUGCUUUCAAAGUGAAAAGUUCAAAAAAGGGUAUUGUUUUUAAGGGAAAUGAGGGAUGUUUUCAUGGUUGGCAAGGAUAGCUCUCGCCUGUUGGAGACCAGUGAGUCGAUAUGCCCGUAUGAACAAGGAUAAUAAUAAUAGUAAUAAUGAUGAACUUGAAGAAGAUUCUUCUUCCUUACGUGAUUCACUUCUUUGGUGUAAAGACCUUGAAAAACACGCUUAUGGUGAUUUCUCCUUUGCUGUUGUUCAAGCCAAUGAGAUUAUUGAAGAUCAUAGUCAAGUUGAAACUGGAAAAGAUGCUACUUUUGUUGGUGUCUAUGAUGGACAUGGUGGCCCUGAUGCUUCUCGCUUUAUCUCUGAUCAUCUCUUUCAAAAUUUGAUUAGGCUUGCUCAAGCAAAUGGAACCAUUUCUGAAGAUAUUCUUAGAAGUGCUUUCUCCGCAACUGAAGAUGGGUUUCUUACUCUUGUACGUAGGACAUGUGGAAUAAAACCCUUAAUUGCAGCCAUUGGAUCUUGUUGUCUGGUUGGAGUUAUAUGGAGGGGGACAUUAUACGUUGCUAAUUUGGGCGAUUCUCGAGCUGUAAUUGGCUAUUUAGGUAGAUCAAAUAAGAUAGUUGCUGAGCAGUUGACUAGAGAUCACAAUGCAAGUAUGGAGGAGGUCAGACAGGAACUCAGGUCACUGCAUCCGGAUGAUUCUCAUAUUGUUGUUAUGAAGCAUGGAGUAUGGCGUAUUAAAGGCAUCAUUCAGGUAUCUAGAUCUAUUGGAGAUGCAUACUUGAAGCGACCAGAGUUUUCUGUUGAUCCUUCUUUCCCACGAUUUCACCUCUCUGAACCCAUUUGUCGACCUGUGCUAACAGCAGAACCAUCCUUGUGCUCCAGAGUUUUACGGCCUAAUGAUAAGUUUCUCAUUUUUGCAUCCGAUGGACUCUGGGAACAUUUGACAAAUCAGCAGGCUGUCGAGAUUGUGUACAACUAUCCACGAGCAGGAAUUGCAAGAAGGCUUAUUAAAGCAGCUUUAAAUGAGGCAGCUAGGAAAAGGGAGAUGAGAUAUGAUGAUCUUAAGAAGGUUGAUAAAGGGAUUAGGCGGUUUUUCCAUGAUGAUAUCACAGUUGUUGUCGUCUUCAUCGACCAUGAGUCGCUGGCUACAAAGAUAUCUGUUCCAGGGCUGUCUGUACGAGGGUUUGUUGACACCAUUGGACCCUCAAACUUCAACAUUUUUUAAGGAUUGAUGUAAAUCAGCA